CAAUUUAUGUCAAAGCACCUGUCAUAUUGCGCAUGGUACGACAUAUUAUGGGCAACAUGUUUCAAGAGAUUAUUCAGAACUUUUUGAUUUUGUAGAUGAUAUGCGCUAUAUCUUGAAAAGUUUGCUCUAUGCAUUAUCAUACGACGAAAAGUUGGAUGAAGAUGAUCUCACUAAAUGGUUGCGCCAAGAAGCUGUAAAAUGGACAUGUAUUUUUGGUGAUAGAGAGUGUCAGCAGAUUGCUAGUGAUAGGUUGAAGAAACACCUAGAAGAUCCAACAAAUCACAAACUUUCGCUGGAAUGGAGAGAAUGGACGUACUGUAAAGGUGCGAUGAAAGCGGAUAAGAGUGUUCUGCAGAAAUUGAAAGAAUUACACUUAAAUAAUUCUAAAGUUUUUAAUUAUAUUUCAUGCGCCGAAAAACCCCUUUUUGCUAGUACCAUGUUCUAUGGUUCAUCUGUUAUCGAGAAAAACAGAUAUCCCACUCUUUUCUCUUAUGCCAUCUUUGUUGAUCAUGCAGUGAAACAUACAAAUCACAUCGUAGGACUUCUGCUGACGUACAAGGCUUCACCUUCUGAUAAAAAAAAUUAUUAGUUAUUAUUAUAAAUCACUUAUAUUCUAAAGAGGAAAUUCAACCGAUGAGCAAUCUUAUGGGUUGUAAAUACAAGGAAACAAUCAUAUGUAAUAAUGUUUUUAAAAGACGCUUGCGUCAAGUCGAGUACCAAAAAUCCAGGCUUAUUACGUUUAUAGAUCUACUUGUUUAAAUGUGUCAAUGAGAGAAACAGCCAUGUGGUUAUGCAAUUGUUAUAAAUAUUUUGACGCAU